UUGUUGAAUGUAAAGACAAUAAGAUUGGAAUUUGGUUUUGCUGUAAACAUCGAAGAAAAGCAGUUAUUGUGUCCUGGAGGAAAAUGAGAUUCAUGUUUACGAGUUCUGAGAUUGCUUUCGUUCUUCUGCUGGGGUUUCUGGCUUUGAAUUGCUUCACUGAGUUCGAAUCGAAUGCUCAACUUUUGCCUCUGGAAGAAGUGAAAAUUCUUGAAACAAUUUCCAAAAAGUUACACAACACUCACUGGAACAUCAGUCAAAGUUCUUGCCAAGAUGGUGGAGCAGGCUUCUACAAAUACUUCACUGAUGAUAUUCUGAGCAAUGUCACUUGCAACUGUUCCUUUCCAAGCAACACUUGCCAUGUCACAAUCAUUGAGAUGAAGGGUCUCAAUUUAACUGGAGUUAUACCUGAGGAACUCGGAAAUCUUACACAUCUGGAAGCAAUUGAUCUCACUCGCAAUUACAUCAAUGGAUCAAUCCCUGCAAGCCUCUCUCGUGCUCCUUUUCGCGCUCUGAAUCUUUUGGGAAAUCGACUCAAUGGUUCAAUUCCCAUUGAUGGCUUUACUAUGCUUACAGAGUUGGUGUUGGAAGAUAAUCAGUUUGAAGGGCAUCUUCCCCAAAACAUCGGAAAGCUAACUAACUUAAAAAGACUCCUUCUUUCUGCCAACAAUUUUACAGGGACUAUACCAGAAUCAUACGGAAACCUAAAGAACUUAACUGAUUUUAGGAUAGAUGGGAGCCGAUUAUCAGGGAAGAUACCGAGUUUUAUUGGAAACUGGACCAAACUUGAAAGACUUGAUAUGCAAGGCACAUCCUUGGAAGGCCCUAUACCUUCGAUCAUAUCUUCGUUGAAAAACUUAACUGAAUUGAGAAUAUCUGAUUUAAACGGAAGUUCACCGUUUCCUAAUUUGAAAGAUAUGAAGGAUAUCAAGCUAGUGACUCUGAGAAACUGUUCAAUUAGUGGUACAAUCCCAAAUUAUUUUGGCGAGCUGAGGCAAUUAAAAACAUUAGACCUGAGCUUUAACAACUUGACUGGUGAAAUUCCACAAACGAUUCAGCGUGUUGACACUCUAAGUUAUAUGUUUUUGACCAACAACUCACUCACCGGAGAAGUACCAACCUGGAUAUUGAACAACAAAAAUUACUUGGACUUGUCUUACAACAAUUUUACAGGAUCGCCUUCUGUUAGUUGCCAGCAGUUGACUGUGAAUCUAGUUUCUAGUUAUUCGUCUUCAGAAAACUUAUGGUGCUUAAAGAAGGACCUCCCUUGCUCGUCAAAACCGAAACACCAUUCCAUAUUUAUCAAUUGUGGAGGGAGGAAGAUCGAGUUCGAGGGUAAUGAAUACGAAGAGGACUUGAGCACUGUGGGACAAUCACACUUCAUUUCAACGUCUGAAAGAUGGGGUUAUAGUAGUACAGGGGUAUAUAUGAACAACGAUGAUGCAGAUUACAUCGCAAAAAACACAUUUUCUCUUAAUGUGGAUGGUCCAGACUUUUAUCAAACGGCUCGCCUUUCUCCUCUCUCACUCAAGUACUAUGGCCUUUGCAUGUUAAAGGGCAGUUACAAAGUUCGGCUCCACUUUUCUGAAAUAAUGUAUACUGAUGACCAGACAUUCAGCAGCCUUGGGAAGCGCAUAUUUGACAUCUCAAUUCAAGGGAAUUUGGUUUGGAAGGAUUUCAAUAUUAUGGAGGAAGCAGGAGGUGUUGGUAAAGUUGUCGUGAAAGAAUUGGAUAAUGUUAUUGUUAAUGGCAGCACUCUAGAGAUUCACUUAUACUGGGCAGGGAAAGGAACUACUGCCAUUCCCAACAGAGGUGUCUAUGGGCCUCUUAUAUCUGCAAUUACUGUGACACCAAAUUUUAAGGUUGAUACUGGGGGGCUAUCUGCUGGUGCUAUUGCCGGUAUUGUAGUAGCAUCAUUUGUGUCUGUUGUAUUGGUUUUGGUAGUCCUCCGAAAGGCUGGUUACUUAGGGGGUAAAGACGAGGAUGAAGAACUGCGUCGUGGGUUGGAACAAAAAACUGGUUAUUUUACUCUACGACAAAUUAAAGCAGCCACUGGUAACUUUGAUCCUUCAAACAAGAUUGGUGAAGGAGGUUUUGGGCCUGUUUACAAGGGUGUACUGUCAGAUGGUUCUAUAAUUGCUGUUAAGCAGCUUUCGGCCAAAUCAAAGCAAGGCAACCGUGAAUUUGUUAACGAGAUAGGCAUGAUAUCAGCUUUGCAGCACCCAAAUCUCGUGAGGCUUUUCGGUUGCUGUAUUGAAGGAAACCAGUUGUUGCUUAUAUAUGAAUACAUGGAAAACAAUAGUCUUGCUCGCGCUCUUUUUGGUCGUGAGGAACAACGGCUACAUUUGGACUGGAAAACAAGAAAGAAGAUAUGCUUGGGUAUAGCACGUGGAUUAGCUUACCUUCAUGAAGAAUCAGUAUUGAAAAUUGUGCAUAGGGAUAUAAAGGCAACCAAUGUGCUGCUUGAUAAGGAUCUAAAUGCCAAGAUAUCUGACUUUGGUUUAGCUAAGCUGGAUGAAGAAGAAAACACGCAUAUCAGCACACGAAUAGCUGGAACAAUAGGUUAUAUGGCUCCUGAAUACGCAAUGAGAGGUUACUUAACUGACAAGGCAGAUGUUUACAGUUUUGGUAUCGUUGCCUUAGAAAUUGUUAGUGGAAAGAGCAACACGGGUUACAAGCCAAAGGAGGAGUUCGUGUAUCUUCUUGAUGGGGCCUAUGUUCUACAAGAACAAGGAAACAUGCUAGAACUCGUGGAUCCAGAUCUUGGUUCAAACUACUCUAAAACGGAGGCGAUGACAAUGCUGAACCUGGCGCUCUUAUGCACAAAUCCAUCUCCCACUCUCAGACCAACCAUGACUUCUGUAGUAAGCAUGCUCGAAGGAAAAACUCCAGUUCAAGCACCAAUGAAGCGUGGUCCAGUGGAACAAGAUGCAAGGUUUAAGGCCUUUGAGAGGCUAUCACAAGACAGUCAAACCAACGUUUCCAUGCUCUCACAAGAUAGUCAUGUACGAGGCAUGUCAAUGGAGGGUCCGUGGGUUGAUUCCUCGGUUUCUCUUCCUAGUAAGGAUGAGAAUAUGGAACAUUCUUCAACAAGCAAGCUACUUAAUAAUAUGUGAAUUUUCACCUUUUCAGUGAUGAAAAGCUGAAGAAAUGAAGGUUUUGCAAUUGUUUUUUCUCAAUUCAAUUGGUCCAUAUUUUUUGUAAAGGAGAUUAUGAGACAAAUAUGUUUUGAAGUUAUUGAAGAAGAAUUGGUUUCUUGAUUUUA